GCCUACACACACCUACAUACCCCCUAUAUAGGGUCUUUUAUUUACGUUUUUCUACAUUUUUGUUUGCUGCACCAGAAACAUCAUCAAAAAGAGUUAACAAAGUCCCCUGUCAAGAUGCAUUCGACCAAGAUAAAAGAGGGCGAUGACAGAGAGGAAAUGGAACUCAACCAAAUCUGGCGGGGAUGUCGUAAAAUCCAGGGCGCCAUUUUUCGUUAUAACUUUGACAUCUGUGCCGACUUAAAGCAGCACGAUCCGGGAUGCAGUGGCUUCGUUUCCGAACCCAUUUUCACUGCCGUAUUGGGAAAGUAUCGCAAGGUGGCCGGCAUGUCCGAAACUGAGCUGAGAGAUGUCACCGAUUACUUUCAAAUUCGAGAUGGUCGUGUAGCGUAUCGCCAAUUUUGCAAGGUUGUUUGUAGCGAAACUCUCCACAAGGUUCCUAAAAAUGAUUUGGCCACUGGGCUAGAGUGGAACGAUCCCUGGCAUGUAAAUGUGAUUCCUCAGCCGGAGGAUCGUCGCAAAUUGUGUCUGAUUCUUCUAAAAGUGGCCCAGGCCUCGCACAUACCUCUAAUGCCUUAUUUUCAGGACUACGAACUAAUCGCUCAAAACGUUGGUGUAGUCACUGUGUCACAUUUUGCUAGGGUUCUCCACUUUAUGAAGAUACCUCUUUCAGAGCCGGACUUCCUGCUCCUGCUGCGUCGCUACAUGAAGGAUGGCUACUUGGUCAACUAUGUGGCCUUUCUUAAGCACGUCGAUAAUAUCAUGGCUUACCUGAGCGAGCAGAAACUGCUGGAUAAUUCACAUGACAUAAUCGCAAACUUCCCGGGACGCCUGGUAGACUUGGAGAUGUCCCAACUGCCGGCCGUUGAUGGGUGCAAGCUGAUACAUCCCAUCUUUCCGGAUGCUUGCAAUCAACCGAAGAAGAACCGCACCCAGUGCGAUAUCAUCUUUUGUAUUCAGAACUAUGUGUACAAGAACCAGGUGCGCACCACAGAGUUCCUGGAGAGCUAUGAUGCCCUUCGCGUGGGCAGCAUCACUAAGAACCAGUUUGAGCGCGGUCUCUCCAACAUGGGAGUGGGCAAGAAUCUCACACAACGGGAACUGGGCAUCCUGCUGGAGCGCUACACGGAUCCCAUGGACACCAAUCGAGUACGGUGGCGCAAUUUCGCCGACGAGAUCGACACAGUCUUUACCAUCAAGAAUCUGGACAAGAUGCCGCAGUGUGUGGUGGAGUCGCCACUGCGCCACAUACAGGAGAUGCCACGGCCGGGGGCCAUCGAUUGGCACGCUGCCCCGCAGUCAGUGCGAGAGUUGUGCGAGGAUGCCAUGGGCAGGAUACGUAUCCGCAUUCGAAAUCGUCGUCUCUAUCUGCAUCCGUUCUUCCGCAGCUACGACAAACUGAACAGCGGCCAUGUCCGCUGCAACAUUGCCACACAAAUCUUCCGCACCAAUGGUAUUCUCUUGUCCGACCCGGAACAGGAUGCCGUACUAAGUCGCUACGGAAACGCGCUAGGCUUCUGCUAUACAAAGUUCCUGGACGAUGUAGAUCCGGCCGAGUAUGCCAUGCCCGCCUUGGUGACCAAACAGGAGCUGGUGGAAUGUCCGCCCUUCGCUCGGGACAACCAAGAACCGGAGGACGCCACUGAAGAGGUCAUUGUUCGCAUUCUUACCAAUUGCAGGCGCCAGGCUCUUGCCAAGAACGUGGCUGUCAUUGAAUUUAUGUCCGACUACGAUCGGCAUCGGGAGGGAGAGAUCCUUGAGUCGGACUUUAAGAGGGCUCUGGACAAUUCCAGUGUCAUCAUCAAAGAGGAGGAAGCCACCAUCCUGUGCAAUAUCUUCCGAUCCCCGCGACGCAGGGCGUGUGUCCGAUACCGUGACUUCUGCAAGGCUCUGGACGAGAUCUUCAUACAGCUGGACACGAACAUGGGCGACCAACUGGUCACGGCAGUGCCACUACUACAUCUUCCCAACUUGGACUGUGUGGAUUGUUUCCUGAGCUUCGAUGAGCGGACAAUCUGCUCGCAGGCUCUAAUGAAGCUGGCCCGCAAGCCAGACGAGAUUUCCAAUCUGAGCCAAGUAUUCAAGGACUUCGACCGCGAGCAGUGUGGUUCGAUUACACAGAACCAGUUCCUACGUGGUCUGACAGUGCGCGACAUGCACGUAAUGCUCAGCAGCCGCGAGUUCCAGGCCAUCUGCAAGUGCUUCGGCGUGAAGAAGGGCAUGUGCAUGGAGUUCAACUAUCGCGAAUUCCUCAAGAUCCUGGACGUGCUCUUUAUUACCGGCCAGAAAAAACAAAAUUAUUAGUGACAAAUACUCCACUGAACCCCAAAAUUCCCAGUGCAUUGUUAUAUGUUUUGUUCUUUUAUAAAUUUAGUGUCGUGUGCAUGGAAAUAAACAAGAAAGUUUGGUUUA